UCAGUAUAUUUCCUGCAGUUUGAACACCUGUUCUGGUUUGCAGGGCCAUUGUACUCUGGUGCAGGCACGUGUCUGUGUUUUUGUGCUACACCAUCGUGUUUGUAAUACCCCCUUAAAACUCCCUGUUAACAAUUCUUACGUGCUGUAUUCUGUUGGUGGUUCAUUUCAUACCAGGUAAAAAACAAACAAACAAACAUGAAAUCCAAAGGAAAAGCUUCCAAACGCAACAGCAAGUCGCCAGUGGAGACGGACCAGGAUUUCCUGGCAGAGAUGCAACCAGCGUCCAGUGAACACGACGGCUCGGAAAAGUCUCUAAACCUCCGGGUGAAACGCAGAAGGACGAGCAUUGACAACGGCACGGCCUCCAGCUCGACUCGCAGGAAGCAGCACCCGAAUGUCAGGAGGUUGGAAAGCAACGAGAGGGAACGGCAGAGGAUGCACAAACUCAAUAACGCUUUCCAGGCGCUCGGGGAAGCAAUCCCACAUGUCAAGACAGAGAAAAAGCUCUCUAAAAUCGAGACGCUCACCUUAGCCAAGAACUAUAUAAAAUCUCUCACUGCCAUUAUUUUAGGUAUGUCAAGCGGUUGCUUGCAGCACGCAGAGGACGAAGACUCUUCAAACGCAGCCAAACUGUAUCUGCACUACCAGCAGCAACUUGAAGACGAGGACGACGGAAGCUUAUCAGAUUACCUUACACAGAUCCACAGCUUCAGAGAAGGCAGUUAGAGAGGUGUGCUUGUUGUGCCAACCUUGGGAAGGUUUCACUAAAACCAGUCAAAUAUACACCCCCAAGAAGGACGCUAUUUAAACGUGUUGAAUAUUUAAAACUACACCGAAGUUAAGAUCAGACUGAACUGAUUCAGCAAUAGGAAACAGCAAUUACAUCUUUAGGAUAUUUUUACUUUCUGCAACUUUAUAGCAGAAACACAGCAUUAUCACUGGGAACAUGGCAUUCCUCCUCACUGCCACAUGACCAUGGUCACCAUUAUGAUAUUUAUGUGCUGUAUAGAGAAAACUGGGGGGGGGGGAUGACAAUUUGACACAAAUUGAACAACAUGUGUUACCACUUACUCCAAGUAGGUUAAGAUUACUGAAACUGACUAAAUACUAGAAAAUAAAAACAAAUAAUUAAAUCAG